CUUUUUGUGCAACAACUACUUCAAUCUUCAUGCCCUUUUUGAAAACAACUGACCUUUGACUUUGUUUGUCCAGCUUGUCUUUGUCCAAAUCCAAAGCAGUAGGCUGGGGUAUUAUCUUCGUCUUGCAGUCCGGAUUGUAUAAUCUUAUGGUUGCAGAUAAUACAAGGCAAGGUUUCAGGGCACAGAAAAACAAAAAGUUAGCUUUUGCUACGUGGAAAGGAUGGCAAGUGCAAUUUCUUGUAGAACCCGUUCCCGAUUUAUUGGCAGCCUGAGUCGAUGCUCAGGAGCUGUCAGGCGACAGAGCUCUGCCCGGCCUUUGACGGAGUUCACUGAUGAUGAGAUUAUGUUGAAGGAGUCUGUUGCGAGAUUCUCGAAGGAGCAAGUGCAGCCAUAUGUCACAGAGAUGGACAAAAAUUCAGAAAUGCGUCCAGAGAUCAUCAGUGGCCUGUUUGAGCAGGGUCUAAUGGGAAUUGAAAUUCCAUCAGAGUUCGGUGGGCCAGCGAUGCCAUUCUUUUCAGUGGUCUUGGCCAUUGAGGAACUGGCUAAGGUCGACCCAUCUGUGAGUGUAUUAUGCGAUGUACAGAAUACUCUCUUCAACACAGCCUUUUUGCAGUGGGCUACACCAGAACAAAGGAAACAGUACUUGCCACGCAUGGUAAAGGACACGGUCGGCGCAUUCUGCCUGUCGGAGGCCGGCUGUGGGUCAGAUGCAUUUGCUCUGCAGACAAGAGCAGUUGCUGAUGGCGAUGACUAUAUCCUCUCCGGUGAGAAGAUGUGGAUUACCAAUGCCGGCUAUGCUGGUGCAUUCCUUGUCUUUGCCAAUGCCAAUCCGGAAAAGCGCCAUCGAGGAAUUACUUGCUUCAUUGUUGAUCGUGAUAUGCCAGGAGUGUCUGUAGGCCCUCCAGAAGAUAAGCUUGGUAUUAGGGCAUCAUCAACAUGCGCUGUGCGCUUGGAUGGAGUACGAGUACCAAAAACCGCCAUAAUGGGAGAGUUGGGCAAGGGUUACAAAUAUGCCAUGGAAAUUCUCAAUGAGGGCCGGAUCGGCAUUGCCGCACAGAUGCUUGGCCUCGCUGAAGGUGCUGUUGAAUCCACUGUCCCGUAUCUACAAGACCGCAAGGCAUUUGGCCAGCGCCUCCUAGAUUUCCAGGCGAUACAGCACCAGAUUGCUGAAGUGACAACACGUAUCGAAGCAGCACGCGUCAUGAUCUACAAUGCUGUGCGACUAAAGGAGAACGGCUCUUCUUUCGUGAAGGAAGCGGCAAUGGCGAAAUACUUUGCCACAGAUGUAGCGGCACAAGCGUCUGCGCGCUCUGUCGAAUGGCUGGGAGGUGUUGGCUAUACCAAGGCCUUCCCUGCAGAGAAGUUUUACCGUGACUGCAAGAUUGGUGCUAUCUAUGAAGGCACGAAUAACAUUCAGCUGAAUACCAUCGCUAAAUUUAUUGAGCAAUAAUCCAGUGGAUGGUUAGUCCUACACGCAACCUCACAAGUUAGUGGCAGUGCUCAUGCCUCAACUUUACAAGUAAGUAGCCCACCGGGAAAAUAGGGACAGAAAUUUUUAUGUUGAGUAUAUAUUUGCUGUACAUUUAUAGGGUGCGUCUCACGGUCUGAGAGGAUCCUCUCUAUCUACCUAUCUUUCUCUCCCUCCCUCUUUCUCUCUCUCUCUCCCUCUUUCUCUCUCUCUCUCUCUCUCUCUCUCUCUCUCUCUCUCUCUCUCUCUCUCUCUCUCUCUCUCUCGUUUCGAUAAAUGAUCCAUUUUUUAUCGUUGAACAUUUUGAUAGGAAAGUGUCAUUUGUAUAUUUCUACAAUUCUUAGAAGUGCACAAUUUGCACUCAUGUACAUGAUGGUGCAGCAUUAGUUCCACUUAAUAUCAACUUCGAAUGUGAA